AUGUUGGAAAAUACAGUGAGCCCAAGCCUGUCCCUCUGGAGUUCUAGCGUGGCCCAGUUCCUGGACAGUGCCCUAGGGCUGGCAGCACUGGGGCUGACAGUUCAAGCAGUCCUCUUCACCUCGGGACCAGCACUGCUGCUACUGCUGCUACUGGUCAAUUUCCUUGCAUUUGACCUGCUCCAUGGAGCCAGAACUCCCACCCUGCAGCACAGGACUCUCACAGGGGGGCAGAGCCAGGGAGCCGGUGAAGGCCCAGGACCGCAGGGACCUGCACAUCUGCUGCAAGUGUCAACUCCAAGACAAAUCAGCCUGCAAGAUGCAUUGCUGCUCCUGUUAUCAGGCCUGGGUCUGCUCCUGCGGGUCCACGGCAUACCCUUGGCACUGCUUGGCCUGGCUUUCUGCCUCCACCCUUGGGUCUGA